GUUUAUACACCUCUCCCUGGUAAUACUGAGGAGCCUUGGGGACUGAUGUAUAUGAACAUAGUGGUGAAAACUAUGACAAAUUUGGACGAGUCCCCAUGAUUGAAUCCUGGUAACUGUAUAUAGAGCUACUGACAGACAAGAGCACUCUCUGUCUCUCGCCUUGUGCUGGUCUGUGCCACCUUGGGACUCAAGCAUCAAAAACACCACCAUCAGUGGCUGCAGAAGGUUUCUGCCAGUCUUUGUGAACUUCCAAAACAUGUUCUCCUUUGGACUUCACUAAGAAUUUCUGGACUGCCUAGGAAAUGAGAAACUGAACUGUGGAAUUUGUAUUCAGGAAGUUAUACAAUAGUGUAUGCGGAAGCUUAAGACAUACAAUCACAAAUCAACAUAUUCAGAAGUGCAUUUGCAGCAUUGCUGAAGUCCACAAGACCCAAAGAGAACCACCAUGAGAAAAAAGACAAUUUUGCUUUUGACUAUGGGGUCCCUAGGAGCCUAUUAUGUUUAUACUCCUCUCCCCAAUAAUAUUGAGGAACCGUGGAGACUGAUGGGCAUGAUUGCAGUAUCCAAUACAAUAACAAAUUUGUUUCUGUUUGCUGAAUUCUUAGGAAUCAACCAUUUUAUGAACAUCGCAAUGUUUUUCAUUUUCCUUAUCGAAGUCCCACCCACAUCUGAUGAAAAUGUCACUGUGACAGAGGCAACAUUCAACGGCAUUCCCGUCCGCGUGUAUGUUCCUAGAAGAAAGUCUGAGACGCUGAGAAGGGGCUUGUUUUAUAUUCACGGUGGCGGCUGGUGUUUGGGAAGUGCUGCUAUGCUUUCUUAUGACUUUCUCUCAAGAAACACAGCAAAUAGGCUCGAUGCUGUUGUCAUUUCAACCAACUACAGACUAGCACCUAAAUAUCAUUUUCCCAUUCAAUUUGAGGAUGUGUAUCGUGCAUUAAGCUGGUUUUUAAGGAGAGAUAUUCUUGAAAAAUACGGUGUGGAUCCUGAGAGAGUUGGUGUUUCUGGCGACAGUGCUGGUGGGAAUUUAGCCGCAGCAGUGACUCAGCAGCUCCUUGAGGAUCCAAAUGUCAAGGUCAAACUCAAGACCCAGUCUUUAAUAUAUCCUGCACUUCAGAAUCUUGAUCUGGAUUUACCAUCGUAUCGAGAAAACUCCCAUUUUCCAAUUCUGCCCAAAUCACUGGCAGCCAGGUACUGGAGUGAAUACUUUACCACAGACAGAUCACUUGAAAAGGCCUUGCUCCUCAAUCAGCAUGUCCCAGUGGACUCAAGUCACCUGUUCAAAUUUGUUAAUUGGAGUUCCUUGCUCCCUGAGGAGUUUAAGAAAGGACACUUCUAUAACACUCCAACCUAUGGCAGUUCUGAACUGGCCCAAAAAUACCCGGGGUUCCUAGAUGUGAGGGCUGCACCCCUGCUGGCUGAUGACACCCAAAUGCGUGGCUUACCCCGGACCCAUGUCAUGACCUGUCAGUAUGAUGUCUUAAGAGAUGAUGGGGUCAUGUAUGUUACCCGACUCAGGAACAAUGGUGUUCAAGUGACUCACACUCACAUAGAGGAUGGAUUCCACAGAGCCAUUUCAUUUCUGAAUUUAAAAAUUUGUUACAGGAUGAUAAAUCAAUAUAUUGAUUGGCUAAGGGAAAAUCUAUAGUAGCAA